CGGUGAUUGACCAGCCUCUCUCCCUGAUCUGUCAGCCGGCUGGCUUGGCGCCUCCCCUCUCCUCUAUAAAUGUAGGAAAUCUAUUCAUUCCUUUCACACUGAGCCUGCUGAAGUAAGAGGAACUGUGAGGCUCCACGGGAUGUGUUGACAGACUAGAAUUCAGCUGUUUGGUUUCUAUUCUCUCGGUUAAGUGUGAUUUUAUUAGAGCAGCUUUUCAGUCUCUCCAUCGCCGUUGUCUCAUCUCCAGUCCCUCCUGCUGCCUGUAGUGCAUUUGUUUCAUUUUUUCGCCGCUGCCUCUCUCUCUCUCUCUCUGAGCCCUUGGUUAUCUAAGAUGAAGGCUGUUACUCCAGUCCGCCCCCAGGACUCCUCCUCCAGCGACAGCCAGCUCUCCCUGCACUAUCUGUCGAAGGAGAGCCUCAACAUCGCCCGGUGCAGGAUGGAAGAGGAGGACCUUUUCUGCCUGCAAUACGACAUGAACGACUGCUACAGCCGACUGAAGCGCUUGGUUCCCACCAUACCGCAGGAUAAGAAAGUCAGCAAAGUGGAAAUCCUCCAGCAUGUCAUAGACUACAUCCUGGACCUGCAGCUGGCCCUGGAGACGCACCCUUCCCUUCAUAAACAACCAGCACAGCGGACCGGGACGUGCCCCCCUCCAGCCUCCAACCCCAGCCGGACACCGCUCACCGUCCUCAACAUUGACCACCACCAGAGGACGUCAAUAGUCAAAAAGCCGGAGGACUCUAUUUUAUGCCGCUGAGACACACGCACUGCAUUGGUGUGCAGGCUGCACAGAGCCGCUCCAAAGCCAGCAAAGCUUCACCAGGGACUCACACCCAACUGGAGGCACAAUCACAAGGGGAUUUCAAAACCGCUGGGAGGAAUUAAACCCAAAUAAAAUCACUAUUCAUAUCAGCUUUUUUUGAUUCCACUGAACAGGGAAUCUGUGUGUAGACAUCUCCUUCUCCUUCCCCUGUUUAAGUUGCUCUAACUUUACUUCUUAUCACUUGAAAUGUCUCAAAAAGAGUGAAAACACGGACUCCCCAUGCCAAGAAGUUUUUGUUGGAAACCCAUGUGUCAACAGCAUCUGAAAACUGUUUGUGAAUUGUGCUUAAAGAAAAACUAAACCCGACUCCAGUUUAAAGCUUUACUAAACUGCGAAAAUCAUUGUAUAUGUUUUUGGACAUCUAUUGUUUCAAAUAGAUGAUGUGGGUCGAACGGGGCUGUCGUCCCUGGAACCUUAAAAUGUUUGAUAUUGUAAAGAAGAACAAUUCUGAUCCGAGACAAUUAAGAUUGUACAUAUAGAGAAACAAAUGUUCUAUAAAAAUAUGUGAAAGGAAUACUUAUAUGCUUAAAAUAGACUAUUGUAAUUAUAAGAUAUUUUUAUUAAAACCUUUUUUUCUGUUGUCCUGUAAAUAUUGUGUUUCCACUUUUAAGUCUUUAGUGAAUGAACAUGGUUAUGCUCUGCCUAUAAUGUCCUCACAUGAUGAUAUCAGUUAACUCUUUGCAGUGUUUUUUGGAAUAGUUUAAUAUGUAGCAUGUCAGGCUCAUUGCAGAGGUAUUGAAUGUGCACUGAAGCUGCCCUCCCUGUGUAGAUAUGUGGUGGAGUUCAACACCAGUUCCUCUCCUUUCUUUCAUUUGUCCUGCUAAGCUUUUCUCUUGAAUUGUUUUGUACUCAUUAACUAUGAUGACGCUGACCCGUUCGGAGAGAUGGGUCGCUUUUGUGUUUAAUCUUUAACGUAAAAAGGCCCAAUUUUAUUCUGUUGCAUUGCACUCUUGUUAAAGUCAAUCUGAGAGUUACAGCACUUCUGACAGUGUUUACGAUGUAAUACCUAAAGAUCACUGCAAAACAAUGUCUCUGUUUUACUGCAGGUUUUGUGCACUCAGAGCUUCUCCUUGGGAAGUUAACGAUUGACACAUGAAAUCAUUAAACUUUGGUUAUGAAUUGAUGAAAUAUGUGAACAUUAACAGACUCUUUGUGGACAACACAGCUGUAUUCAGUCUGUUAGUAGAUAUUCAAUGAUUUCCCUGUUGGAAAGGCAGCAGCCAUUGUUAAUGUAAAGAGAAGAAAAAACUUUUUUUCAUGACAUUGAACACCGAAUUUACCUCACCACCCUCCUGCCAGUGUGAGAGGGCACCUGUACAUGACUGUCAGCUGCACUGUUGGACUUGACCUUCACUGGCUUGUGAGGAGUUGUCAAAACAAUUAAAGUUUCCAGGAAGAA